GUUUAUGUCAGAGGAGAAUGACCUGCCGUCGUGUGCCACUUUAGUUUAUAUGUCUGCAGAGAGGUCAUACUUUGUGGUUUUAAACCCAACGAACAUGGUUUGUCUUUUGAGUUUUGUGCUGCUGCUGAGCGGCGCGGCUCCGCUGGCGGCGGCACCCACAGGGAGCAGCUACCUGCCGGGCACAGGCAGGUUCUGGCACAUUACAGACCUCCACCUGGACCCCACCUACCACCUGGCCCCUGACCCCACCAAGGUUUGCUUCUCCUCCAAAGGAGUCCCUGCAACCCACGCCGGCCUGUACGGGGACUUCCUGUGUGACUCUCCCUACCGCCUCAUCCAGUCAGCCUUCGCUCACAUGGCACCGCUCACACAGCCACAGGACUUCAUCAUAUGGACCGGUGACAGUCCACCUCAUGUCCCUGCAGAGGAGCUCUCUACAGACUUAGUGAUCCAGGUGAUCAGCAAUAUGACCCAGACCAUCAGACAGCACUUCCCCAACCUGACAGUCUACCCUGCCCUGGGAAACCAUGACUACUGGCCUCAGGACCAGAUGACGGCCUCCACUAAUGCCAUCUACAAAGCUGCUGCCCAGCUGUGGAAACCGUGGUUGCAGCCUGAAGCUCUGCUCACACUCUCACAAGGUGGUUUCUACUCCCAGCUGGUAAAACCUGGUUUGCGGGUGGUUAGUCUCAACACCAUCCUCUACUACGGUCCUGAUAAAGUCACGAGUAACAUGACAGACCCUGCUGGACAGUUCAAGUGGCUGGAGAAAACUCUGGGGAAAGCUUCUGAGAGCCUGGAGAAGGUGUACAUCAUAGCUCAUGUACCAGUGGGGUACCUGCCCUUUGCCAGAAACAUCACUGCUAUAAGAGAGAGCCACAACGAGAGGCUGGUUGCCAUCUGCAGAGAGUACAGUCACGUCAUUGCCGGACAUUUCUAUGGCCACACCCACCGUGACAGCAUCAUGGUGCUGUUGGACCAACAAGGUAAACCAGUGAAUUCUCUGUUUGUGUCACCGGCUGUUACACCGAUCAAACAUGUUUUGGAGCCCUACUCUAACAACCCAGCUUUCCGCAUGUACUUGUACAGCAGUAAGGACUACACUAUGUUGGAUAUCUGGCAGUACUAUUUGAAUCUGACGGAAGCCAACGAGAAACAAAGAUCUGACUGGAGGCUUGAAUAUAUCAUGACUGAAGCUUUUGGACUUACUGACCUGCUGCCACAAAGCCUGCUCCAGCUGGGCCUGAGCUUCAGGCUGCCGCAGACCAAAGCCUUUGACAAGUAUUUCAGUCACUACAUGGUCAGCUACAACAGCAGCAUCAUCUGUGGGGGAGACUGUAAGGUCAGCCAGGUGUGUGCCGUGCUCUACCUGGACCAGCUGUCCUACUCCAAAUGUGUUGCAAAAGGAGAAUGGUAGCGGAUAGAAACUGAAGGAUUGUCAUGGGAUUUGUUUCAAGACUCACAUUUAGUUUUUGAUUUUAGUUUAAAAUCUAGUUAUUUUUUUACUCUGCUAGAAUCAUGAAAAGGAGAAUGCCAUGCACUGGAUCUGCUCCUCCCUAAUAUUCAUCCAACUAUUUUACCUUUUAUGGUUUUUUUUACAAGUUUUACAAAUUGCACAGCUCCACAGUAAAUCAGUAGUUUAAUAUACUGAUGCAAUGUGAAAAAUAUUAGAAAUACUUUGAUAAUACUGAAUUGCAGCCUUCAAAGUGUAAAAAAGGCCUCUCAUUUGUCAUCUUACUCCUCUUCCUCUUAGUUUUACUUCAAGGGAGAAUGGUGGCAUGAAUGUGGAUGGAAGGAUUUAUCUAUCUCAGGAAUCUCAUUUAGCUUUUGAUUUUUAAAUGAUUUUUUAUUUUUUGUACUUAAUGAGAAAAAUCAUGAAAAAGGGUAUGCCAUGGUGCACAUGGAUGAAAAUGUAGGAUUCUUGAGGGAUUUGUCUCAGGAGUCACAUUCAUUUUUUUAUUUUUCAAAUGAUAUAUUUUGUUACCUAAAGGAUGGAGUUAUGAAAAGGGAAAUGGCACACAGUGCUUCUGCUGCGCCCAAAUAUUUAUCUGGGAAAAGAAAACGCAAUAUAACAAUUUUAAAUUUUUUUCCAAGAUGAUUUUUCAUCAGGUGAUAUUAGAUAUUUUAGUUUUUGGUAUGGAAACUUUGCACUCCAGACCUCAAAUAGCAGUAGUUGUAGUAGCUGUUCAGAAUGAGUUGGAUCUUCUUAGUCCAUCGCGCAAGUUGUAUCCCUUCUUGCACUAAUGGAUUAUACCUAAUCUGUGGAAUGAUCCAAUUGCUGCCAAAUGGGACCAUAACUUGAGCUGAUGGUGUUGAUUAAUCAUGAACACUAGUCAGUAUUCCAGUCACAGUGAAGUGGCAGUCUUUAUCUUCUGUAAUGUGACAUAUUUCUGAGUGAACCAGUUCUUUUAGAUUUGAUUUGUGCCAUUUAAAACAUGACUAUGCCAAUUAUAUACAGUUUAUCACAUAGUUGAAACAUGUUUGUUAAAUAUAAAAUUCCAAGUAUGAGAUGUGAACUGUUCCAGGAAUACAUUUAAUUUGUGUAAAAUGUGUGUGAAUGAUAACUUUGGUGAUUUGAGUGACCUUACCAGUGCUGUGACAUAAAGAUGAAAUAUGAAUAGGGAACACAAUGUUACAUAUCACUUAUUUUUCUACUAAAUAAAGAUCUUUAUUCAAA